AAGUGGCUGCUGGUGCGAAAACGCGCAGAGAGGCGCAGGAGCUCCAGACGCGCUCUCCAGACGCGGGAGGAGGACGCGGCAGUCCGCUGAGCUUCAAAAGCGGCCAGACAGGCGAGGAGCACUUUGCUUGUUAUCGAGAGCUUUUUAGAAGAGCGUGAGGCGGAAUAAGGCGAAGCUGAUAUUCCUGGAGCGUUUCGCGUGCGCAACUGCAGCACAGCAACUUCAGAAACAUCAAGCAGCACAAGUUCUCCAAAAUCUGAGCACCAUGGCAUCGGUCCCCAGCAGCCAAGUCAAAUGCAAGUUCAAGAGGAGGAGGAGGAGAAGGUCUAAGCGAAAAGAGAAAAUGAACAUGUUGUCUGCACGGAUCACCCCCUUCAAGUACAUGAGCCCAGCAGCCAAUUGCACAGAAGAUGAGGACACAUUGAGCACCAGUAGUGCUGAGGUCAAGGAGAACCGUAACACAGGAAAUUUGGAAGAUUGUGCCAUUGUUCCGUCAGACUGCCAAACACUCUUCCUGUCUGAUUCCCCCAGGGACGGGAUGUCUGGCCUCAAGCGAAAGCGACCUUUGGAGGAGGACAAUAACGGACAUUUGUGCAAAUUGCGUCUGUACUGCAAGAAACUGGCAUGGUCUGAUGCACCAAAGAAUGCUCUGGUCCAGUUAAACGAGCUGAGACCGGGUCUACAAUACCGGAUGGUUUCUCAGACAGGACCGGUGCAUGCACCUCUCUUUUCCAUCGCUGUGGAAGUCAACGGACUCACUUUCGAGGGCACCGGCCCUACGAAGAAAAAGGCUAAGAUGAAGGCAGCUGAGAUGGCUCUGAAGUCAUUCAUCCAGUUUCCCAAUGCCCCGCAAGCUCACUUGGCCAUGGGCGGACGGAACAACCCCACGGCCGACUUCACAUCGGACCAGGCCGACUUCCCAGAAACACUGUUCAAAGGCUUCGAGCCUGAUGGCUGUCGCUCUGCCGAGAGCGAGUUGCUGUCUAGCGCCCUCCGUUUGCGCCACACGUUGGACUUGAUGGUUGUGCAGGCUAGGCAAGGAGAUCCUUGCCCUUCUCCACCUCAGUAUCCCAGCACCCAGCCCAGCCCGGUCGUCCUGCUCAAUGACUUGCGCCCCGGCUUACGUUACGCCUGCCUGUCGGAGCAAGUCCAAGGCAAACGGGCACACCGCAGCUUCAUCAUGGCCGUUAGAGUGGAUGGCAGGAUAUUUGAGGGCUCGGGUCGCAGUAAGAAGCAGGCGAAGAGGCAGGCGGCAAUGUGUGCCCUACAGGCGCUCUUCAACUUCAGGCUGGAACCUGAGGCGAGAGCGGGACACCGGCCCAGUAGGAUCAAAUGCCCUCAUUUGCCCCAGGAGUUUGCAGAUGCAAUAUUCCACCUGGUGCGAGAAAAGUACGUGGAGCUGGCCGGCUGCUCCUCACUGCUGCACGCACGUCACAAAGGCCUGGCGGGCAUCGUCAUGACCAGAGGUCUGGAUCUCAGACAGGCCCAAGUGGUGGCGCUAUCGACCGGCACUAAAUGCAUUAAUGGAGAGUAUAUCAGUGACCAGGGUCUGGCGGUCAACGACUGUCACGCUGAAAUCACCACCAGACGAGCCCUGCUGCGGUUCCUGUACUCCCAACUAGAGCUACACCUCAGCAAAAGGAAAGAGGACUGGGAGCAAUCGAUCUUCGUACGGCACAGAGAUUCCUGUUUGAGACUCCGAGAGAACAUCCUCUUCCACAUGUACAUCAGUACGUCGCCCUGCGGGGACGCCCGCGUCAACUCGCCGUAUGAAAUCACCUCCGACUGUAAGAGUCUUCACUCGUCUGUAUCAUCUCUUCUGCUUGCUUCUGUAUUCUGUAUGUAAUAGAGAUAUAGAUCCUUUAUUAUAACAUUAAAGGAAUAGAUCAAUUUCGAGUAGAGGUCACA